AUGGGCUUGCACUGCAGUUUUCUCCCACUUCGGGAAAUCACUGUCAACUCACGGCCACUCGUCAAACGCGCAAUCCAAUUCUCAUGCGAUGGCGACCUCGCCGUCACCGCCGACGACUCUGUCCAUGUCUUUGUCCCAGAGUUCCCCGAUUUCUCCAAACGCCGAGAAAAGCUAAAAGCCCGUAUUAAUGGCCAGCAAUAUGGGGCUGAGGAUGACUCCUCGGAUGAAGAAGAAGACGAGAAUGGAGGCCCAAGGAAAUACAACCAUCAAGCCCUUCGCGCUCAGUAUUCCGAGGGCAGCAAGCACAUGCCCGUGUCUUUCCCGCCGUUAGAUCCGCGCGUCAACCGGGAACUCUUCGCGGCUCAAGAUAUUCGCUUUCCUUACGAAGGCGCGGCCGAUGCUGAUGUUGCGGACGCCGACAGCAACGACGACUCUGCGGGCUCCGAAGACGCCUACGAUUCGGAAGAUGAUGAAGACGACCAGGGCACCGGUUUGGGUACCAACCGGCCCUACGGUGCUGGCUAUGGGCCCAUCACCGGAGUUGGAAGCAGCAUGAACCACGUUGUGGGCAUCGGCUGGUCUCCGUCUGGCCUGGGGGUCAAUCGCCGCCCUGUUCUGGCCGUCUUGACGGGCUCGGGGACGCUCACUAUUUUCGGAGAUGGUAGCGAGUUUGCAAAUAUCUUGCCGCGCGCCAACGAGGGGAUGCUCCAGCGCCGCGAACUCAACUCAUGGGUCGUUCUUUGGGGUGUCGGCGAGCGCUUGAUCGUUCCGGGUCAGCAGACUGAAAUCAGCGAGUACCUUCGCGGCUUCGCAUGGGCCCGCGAGGUUGCGCCUGGCCAAGCCUUGCUUGCCACCAUCAACGACUUGAACGAGGUGGCUAUCAUCAGUGUACAAUGUAUUUUUGUGGCGGAUGACACCGGUCCCAAGGGGGGUUUCUCGUUCCAAACAGAACCCCGGGAGAACGUCGUUUGGUUGGUGCGUGAGAUCGCACGUUUCAAGGCGCAAGGGCCUCAUAAAACAACAAACCCGCUGGACCCAGACUUUGUCCCCUUCGGUACUUCGUUUGGUCUAAGAUGGGGACCCUGGCUCCAAGCCAACGGCUCUCGCACCUGUGCGCUUUCUUUUAUUGACCGAGGCUACGUUGGUUUCCGAACCGUCACAGUCAAGGAGCCCUGGGCUAGAGGCGAGCUUCCAAGCCUGGAAGUCGGGUCCGAGGACAUCCACGGCAUGUGCGUGCACCUUUCGGUCGACGCGUUCGUUGAGUUUGAGGAUGCUAUAUGGACGCAAGGCCCCAUCACUUCUUGCAGAGGACUAAUUGCCACUGGUGGAUCGGAGGGCUCUGGUUCGGAGUCUGAGGAUGAAGAAGAUGACCUCGAUAUGGAUGGCGACCUUGACUCUCUCGGGGAUGAAGACGAAGUGGUUGAUAGUGCCAAAGCCACGAUCCUCGAGAUCCCCGAGAUCCACCCCCAUCGCUACCGUCUCCACGGCCUGACCCUCUCCCCCGGGGGCGGUGUCGCCGCGGUCCUCGCCAGCAACCACAGCACACAGAGACCCGAGCGCGGUGGCUGGCAUACGGUGAGGUCUACUGUGAUGUUUGGCCACAAGUCCCGGCGUCAGCGUCAAACGGCGCAGGCGUCACAGAUCGACUACGGCUACCCAAUCGACCCGCAAGUGAUGGACAUGAGUCCGAAAAACCACACUGCGGUGGUCAACCCUGACCACUACAACCACCUAACAACCGAAGCCAAACUGUUCGAAAACCUCUACGGUGGCGGCCCCGAAGUUCCCGGCGUGCACUACCACCCCACCCACACCACCGCCACCAACACCACAACAACCUCAUCCUCCUCCCCACCUCCGACCUCCACCUCCACCCCCAACACUAAAAACUACCUCCGCUCCCUCUUCGCUCCCGCCCAAGCAACCCAAAAGUGCGACCUCUGCGGCGCGGCCAUGGACCAGCGGCGCGGCGGGCUCAGCGGGUGCCGGCACGGGCACUUUUUCGGGACGUGUGCGACAUCGGGGUUGGCGGUGCAGACGCCCGGGGCCACACGCAGUUGCGGUGCGUGCGGCCUGCGCACGAUGCGCGCCGAGGUGCUCGUCGCCAAGAUGCCCGACCCGGGGAGGCGGGAGGAGAUCUAG